AUGUGGGCGCGCGCGGAGGCUCCCAUUACUACGACGUGUGCGAAAGUCAGCGAAUUUGUGAGUAGAUUUUUCGCAAAUACUGGAAAAUUGCUUUUUGAACGAAAAGGAAAACGUUCAGGGAGUGUUGUACGUCGAAAACGGCGACGACGGAAUGAGCUCGCUGGCGAAUCAGGUGGAAUUCUUGCACAAACAAUACUCUCUGGGCAAUUCGCACCGGUUUACGAGUGUUCUGGACUGCGGACUCAUCAACAAUCACGACUACUGCAUGGUCCUUCAAAACAGACCCGGACCCACUCUUAAAGUAUAAAUUCUCUCUGAAAAUGUGUAAAAUCCGUGAAACGCGAUAUUUCAGGCUCUUCUGGAAGCGGCGCCGUCGGCCCAAUUGGCCCCUACGUCCGCCGCGUUCAUCGCCAUCGAUCUGAUCAGCACCGCCGAACUUUUGGCAUCUACCGGCUACGUUUUACGCAAUUUCGACGCGAAACAGUGGAAAUUCGACGUCAAAUCCAGAAUGUUUAUAAGAUCCCGUUUUUUUAG